ACUACUUUGAAGGGGAUUAGGAUUUCGUACCUCAAAGUCAAUAAAUUGAUUUUUUGCCGACCAAAGGUCCGAUACUUUUUGAACAGACCUUGUAUGCAUUAACUCUAUACUAGAACUACCUAUCUAUGGGUUUCAUUGUUUAAAUAGUGAUGACAUAAAUAUGUUUUGUCCACUGAAAAUUCAUUCCCUUAUGUAACACAGUUUUGGUUUAUUAAAUGUUUACUUUCCAGUUAUUUUUAUUUUUUUAUUUUUCAUACAUACAUCUUAUUUUCAUAUAAGGUGCAUUUAUUUGUUAUUUGAAUUCUGUUACAAUUUGAAUUUUUACAUUGUAUUCUAAUUUGGAAACAAUUGCCUGAGGAAGACAACAAUGUGUCAUUGAGAAUUUGCUAAUAAAAACAUUUUAAUACCAAAAGACAGUUUGUAUAUGACUCUUGACAUCAAAUACAUUGGUGAUGAGUGCAUUCCUAGUCUACCAUAGUCAGUUUUAAGUUAUUCAUUAUAAAUGUCUAGAAAAUAAUUUUGAAUCAAUAGAAAAAUCUAAACAUUAAGAAAAUUCAUGAUUUCUUAUAAUUUUGUAUCCAGUUUAAAAAUUUCUUGUUUCAUAUAAAAAUGAGCAUAACAAAGGAAGAUACCUUUCAUCAGAUGUUGCAGACCUGACAACCAGGAAAGACAGUGAAAUCAACUGUAAUGGACUGAAUGAUGGUAGAAUAGAAAUGUACUUUGGCUCAUAUUUUUUGUGGACUAAUCUGUUACAGUUGAUUCUUCCAUAUGACCUUCAUACUAAAUGAAAAUUAAAAACUCUUUUAAGACAGAAAAUAAUUUUAAAAAGUAUGAAUGCAAAGAUAUUUUUGCUGUCUCUGAAGAAAGUAUAUUUUACCAAAUUCGAAGAAAAUGAUUUUGAAGCGAGCAUUAAAUUUUAAAAAAUAUUUAAUUCUUCCAUUUUCUUGGAUGAUAAGAAUUAAUGCGAAUCAUUUAUGUCUACAGUAAAAUCAUGUAAUGCUAAAAGUUCGGCAAAAAGUAAAAAAUUAUUAUCUGAUGAAUAGAAAAAGAUGACUUCCGUUAGUUUCACAAGUGGGAGACCGUCUAUUAGAAGUGGUGAUGACGACGAUGACGAUAAUGAUUUUGCUUCAGUUAGAAUUUCUCUUAACCCUCCUCAGCAAACAUUCAUUUUACCUCCACCACCACAAACCUUUUUGGGAAGUUUCAGUAUGUCUCAAGAGCAGAGUUGUUUCUUGUGUCCGAUAUUAUUCGAAAGAGCAUCUAAAAGUUGGUGGAAUCCUAAAUUCGAUUCCAGUAUUUUAGAAGAACAAUACCACAAAAGUACAUUUCCUCAGAUAUGUCAAAGAUUUCAAUACGCUCUAGUCUACCUUUUUCUCAUAUCAGUGUCAUACUGUAUAUAUUUUGCCUGUAUGGCGAAGAGUUAUUGGAUUUAUUUUGUUAUAGGAAGUUUCUCUUUAAUGUGCUAUACAAUUGCAGUCCUUUUAUUUACAUAUACCUCUUAUUAUCAGAAUUUUUAUAUUCCCAUUUCUCUUUGUACGACAAUAAUUCUGUGCACUUUAUCUUUGUUAAUAUUCAUUGUUUAUGUAAAUAAUCAUGCGGAAUUUUCGAGUAAUGACAGCACGGAUAUAUCAUCUGUCGGUUUGUUUUGUAUGUGUAUUGUAAUUUUGCUUACAUUAUAUACUGUGAUACCAUUACCUCUGUAUAUUUGUAUAUUAAUCGGUGGAUCAUAUUCUAUAAUUUUUGAAGUGCUGACUGCAUUCCUAACUCUGGAUAAUUCAGUUUUAAUUGUGAUAGUGAAGAUACUACUGCAAAUAUGUAUUCAUAUGAUGGGAAUACAUAUAUUGUUGUUAACGGAAGUACGUAUGAGAAAUACUUUAUUAAAAGUAGGUCAGUCGUUAAUCGUGCGUCGAGACUUAGAAAUCGAGAAACAACUUAAAGAGAAAAUCAUUCAUUCUAUAAUGCCUCCGAAGGUUUCGGACUGGUUGAUGGCGACUCAAGAAGGGGAAGAAGACGAUCGAAUUGAUUCGCCUUCGAGCGAUCGUAGAGUGUCUGCGAGUCCUCGCCAGUCUCAAAUGAUAUUUCGCCCAUUUAAUAUGCACUGCAUGGAUAACGUCAGUAUUUUAUUUGCUGAUAUUGUCGGGUUUACAAAAAUGAGUUCAAACAAAACAGCUGAACAGUUAGUUGGUUUGCUCAAUGAUUUAUUUGGACGUUUCGAUUAUUUAUGUGCCAAACUCGGAUGUGAGAAAAUCAGUACACUUGGCGAUUGUUAUUAUUGUGUGUCCGGUUGUCCGGAACCACGACCAGAUCAUGCAAAAUGUUGUGCAGAAAUGGGUUUAGGAAUGAUAAAAGCAAUUGCAGAAUUCGAUGAGGAUACCAACGAAGAUGUAAAUAUGCGUGUCGGAGUACAUACUGGAACUGUUUUGUGCGGGAUUGUAGGUACCUGUCGUUUUAAAUUUGAUGUUUGGUCAAACGAUGUGACUUAUGCAAAUUUGAUGGAAUCAACAGGCAAGCCAGGAAGAGUACAUAUAUCAGAAGCUACAUAUUCAUUUCUUCAAGAUCAAUAUACUGUUGAAGAAGGCCUUCUUUUUCAAGGAAAGAAAACAUACUUCAUUCGUGGAAGGAAAUAUGCUAUAUAUGAAAAAGUGAACACUGCAUUAGCUGCGAGACAUUCUUGGCCAUUUCCGCCUACGGUCAUAGCCGAGCUUCAGAGUCGAAAACCUAGUAGUCAGUCUGAAGCAGGUCAGGAUGAAGAAGGAUCAGAUUCUCCGAUGCUUCCUCUUCAAUUUCAAGGCAGUUUUUCGACUUUAUCUAGCAGUCGAAAAGAUUCCGGAAUCAGGAGUCGUCGGAGCAGUCUUCAAGAUAUGAUUUUUGAUACAUCAGGGAUUACAACAGCAAAUCUUCUCUCACAUCGAUUUAGUGGUUAUUACACUUCGAGUCAAACGUCUGUAGCAGAUACGGGCAGGUCUAGUGGAUCUAGUGUCCGAGGUGCCAGUUUGUUUGUGGAUCCUUCUCUAUCUAUAAACGAAAGUCUUGCACGGUUAAAGUAUUUGCGUAAACAGUCAGAUUUGCAGUUAAUUAGAUGCGUCCAGCAAGACGUGGCUCACGUUGAUUACUUUGUCCGACCACCAAUAAAUCAACUGUCUUUGUUUUUUCACGAUAGGAAUAUGGAAAGCGAGUAUAGACAGCGCAUAAAUCAGAGAGAUAGGAGAGGCUCUCCUCUAACUGUUUCUUCUGCAAAAUUUAACUCAUAUUUUGCAAUUUUUUUAUCGACCUUCUUUUACAUCGUAAUUGCAUUUUCUUGUUUCUUAUUAUUCGACGCUACUGUUUCUUGGUUUGUCUUCUGUCUCUUAGCCACUGGGUGGCAAUUAUUCAUAAUAAUACUCUGUUUGCAAAAUAUGUUAAAAAUUAAUGUUUGUUGUACAAAUCAAUAUCUCUCUCGGGUAUAUAAUUUUCUUACUAGUUGGUAUCCUUGGCAUACAUGUGGAGCAAUAUUACUUAUCCUACCUGUUGUGUCGGUGUUUUGUAAUUUUACGUGUACUUCCAUUUUAACUAGUCCAGAAAGAACCCACACGUUCUGUUAUCUAUUGUUUGUAUCGUUAAUUCAUUUUUGUAAUUUUACACAAUUAAAUUACUGGUUGAAAUCAAUACUCUGUAUAAUUGCAGGAAUAAUAUUGAUAUUACUGUUAGGAACACCCUUGUGUCCCUGUAUAAAUGAUGUCUUUGUAUCAGAUACCUCAGCAUUAAUGAGUAACGUUACAUUUGAUAAAAGUAGCAGAAAUGUUGUACCACUUCCGUCGGCUCAAAUAUUAUAUCAUUGUAAUCAGACUUUAAUCUAUGAAACUAUACUUAAUGUAGUUAUUAUUUCCUGUUUGGUUUGGUUUCUGAAUCGUGAAUUUGAAAUUAGUUACCGUUUGAGUUUUCACGGAGGAAUGACGGCCGCUCGUGACAAGCGUAAGAUUCAGAUUAUGAAGAAUCAAGCAGAUUGGUUACUGCAUAAUAUUAUUCCGAAACACGUUGCCGAGCAAUUAAAAAAUACAUCCAAAUAUUCUGAAAAUCAUAAAAAUGCUGGUAUUAUGUUUGCAAGUAUUGUGAAUUUCCACGAAAUGUAUGACGAAUCCUUCGAAGGCGGCAAAGAAUAUCUGCGUGUCCUAAAUGAAUUAGUCGGUGAUUUUGAUGAACUACUACAAAGGCCAUCGUUUAGAAAUAUAGAAAAAAUUAAAACCAUAGGAAGCACUUUCAUGGCGGCAUCUGGUUUGAAUCCAAAAAUAAGGCAACAAAAUCCUCACCCUCACACUCACUUAGUGGAAUUAUUGGAUUUUGCAAUAUGCAUGCAACAAGUUAUAGAACAUUUUAAUUGCAAUUUACUGGAAUUUAGUUUCAUUAUGCGUAUCGGAUAUAAUUUCGGCGACGUAACGGCCGGAGUAAUCGGCACCACAAAACUGUAUUAUGAUAUUUGGGGAGAUGCCGUUAACAUUGCUAGUCGAAUGGAUUCUCACGGAGUCUCGGGACGAAUACAGGUUCCAGAACAUUGCAUACCAGUAUUAGAACAAGUUUUUGAAUUCGAGCAUAGAGGAUCAAUCUUUGUCAAAGGAAAAGACAACAUGAAUGUGUUUCUAGUAGUAAAAAAACGUGAAAACAUACCCUGUAUUUAUAAAUCAAUCUCAAAAGAGGAUCCAGUUUGUAAAAACGACGAAUUCUCAUGAAUAGGUAUAUCGUUUAGCAUAAUAAUAAUAAUUUUUAAAACUAUUUUGUCAUCAAUAUUUCUGUAACAGCAGAAGCUUUAAACAUACCAUUUAUAUUUUUAAAUGUCAUUGUAAACACAUUUUAAGCAGACAUAUUCUUAAAAAUGCAGAUUUUAUAUACUAAUUUCAGUUAUGAUGCAACAUAAACAAACGAAAUUUGCAUUAGCAUAAUUUUUGGAAUAAAAAAACAACUUUGUUUAGUUGAAAUUCUGAUCUCAUUUUUAAUGAAUUUUUAAAAAGAUUAUUAAUGAUUUCAUUAGGUAUGUUAAAUAUUCAAAUAAGCUACUUAUUGAAGUGCUGUUUCAAAAAAUAGGAAAAUUCUUUGCAUAAUUUAAUGUCACGAUAUUCAUCAGAUCAAUGGAUCAGGAGCAGAAUUCUAAAUUCAUUUUGAUUUAAAUUAUUAAAUCUAAGUAUUUAAAUAUUUUAUUUUGCUAUGUGGUGCACUAACAUCUACUGAUCAUUAAAAUCAAAUUAAUAAAUUAGCAAUAAAGUUGUGAUAAAGAAAUAUCUGACAUACGGCGAGCCUAAAAUAAAUUUCAUAAUAGUCUGAAUUUUUGAGAUUUAUCUACAUUUUUUAAUAAAACGAAUAUGUACAAAACUUAACGCUGCCCAAAGAGAGUUUUUCGCAAGCUUGAGCCGCACAUCAUUUGAUUUGAAUGGACAUUUUGCAAUUUGCAUUUGUGCAGAAGCAAUUUCUAUAAACAAGGAAUUUUAUAUAAAUAUUGAAUUGAGGAGGGAGAACUUAAUUCAAAAUGUCUUUAGCAAUGUAAAAUUUUCAAUAUCUUGUUAUUUUUCUGCCUUAGUUAUCUUUAACAUUUAUUUUAAUUAUAAAAUAACAAGUCAUAAACUGACUUUAAAUAUGAAAAUAUUAAAUUAAACUUGUGUAUAUUGACCUCCUCUCCAUCCUGAGGUACUAAGAGAACCUUUAUUUACACCUGUUAUGGGUUCUGCAAGGCCUACAAUAAGACAUUGGAUGGUGGGUGGUGAGAGAGAAUGUGGAUGGUGCUAGGGUGGGUGCAAGCCCACCUUAAAAUCUCCUUGUCCACCUAUUGGCUGACACUAAAAUAAUUUAUUCGGGUCCAUCUAUCGUAACCAUUAUGAGAGGUUUCUUUAAAUAUGAGUUGAUUGUUUGCAAGUAUUAAUAUUAAAUGCUUAUUUUUGCUUAAAUGUCUUAUUGAAAUUUGAUUUCUAAAUUUUAAAAAUUAAUUUGUUUGAUGAUAAAAUGUGCAGAUAACAUCCACCUCAUUAAAAUAGUAUUCCAUCCUACCCCUACCCUCCCAGAAUGAAAAUCUUAGUGCCAUUACUGAUGGAGAAGACUCAAACUUAGAUCCAUCAGAGCAGUAGUCUGACCAUCUUCCAUUCAUUACUCUAUUAUGUUAUUGCAUUUCUAAUUAUAAAGCUGACAUUUGUGAAAUAUAUUUCAUUUAUAUAUUACUUUUGGCAUUCAGAUCAUGCAGAUGCAUUUCAGCAAGCUUGGAACACGCUAAAAUUUCUUGCACAUAGUGCAGGUAAGGCUAGAGCCAGUACUUAAUAGAGAAUUUUGAUUUAAAUCUCUCCUCCUCAAUUAUACAAAAAUAAUGAAAAACGUAAUAUCGAUAAAUAUAUAAAUGCUGCAUUCCAUCCAAUUCAUAAAUUUUUGCCAUUAAUAGGUUGUGAUCUUGAUAGUAAAUCUCUUAAUUAUGAUUAAUGCAAAAAUUUAUAUGCUAAGUAUGUUUUACGCGGUGAAAUUUCAUUAAAAUUCAAAUUUUAUUGAGUUGUAUUUUAAAAAAAAUUUAUGAUUUUCAACUCACUCAAAUUCUUUUAAAUUAAUUAAGACAUUAGCAUUGUUACUUGAGAUUGAAGUCUUUAUUUUGCAGUAAUUUGUUAUAAUUUUUGUAUUUAUAAAUAAUUAUUUACUGUAAUUUCUAUAACAAAGAAUGCAAGAGAUGUACAAAUAGGAGAAUAAGUUAAAAAUGUUUUUAAUUGUAAAUUUUGAAGAUUAAACAUGUUGUAAUUUAAUAAUACUGUCCACAUGUGCAUAUAAUCAUAUAUAUUCUGUGAAUGUCGAAGAAUAUGUCAGCUUUUGCAUCUGUUUUUUUGUAAUUUGACUCAAAUUUUGUUACAGUUAAGAUAUUAAAUUGAUCUUCUUGAUUGCUAAAUAAAAGAUUUUCAAUUAAACUAAAGACUAUUUUUGAUGUCUUUAAGAAACUUUCUGCAAAUACUUUAUUUUUUUUUAACUCUCUGCCCUAUGGACACUAAGAGGGCCAUUUUAUCAAGCCCAUUAUGAGUUUGGUCAGGCUCACAAUGAUGUAGUCAAGCAAUGAAGGAUGGAGCAUAACAUAUCCUGAUGGACCAACCACAAAAAUUCCUGUGGUUUUCGAUUCCAGAACCCCAGAGUGACUG